CGCCAGGCUGCCGAGCCGGCGGGGAGGCCCUGUGCUCCUCGGCUGGGCGCGUGCUGCUGGAAACAGGCGGCAGCGGCGCCGAGGCUGCGGGACACGGCGCGGCCGGUCUGCGGGACGGGCCCCGGGUGGAGAGGAGGACGCGAGGAGGCCGCGCCGAGGCCAGGCGGCGAGCUCUGAAGCUCGGAGACCCGGGCCGCGGCACAGCUCCCACAUGGCCUCCGGAGGGGGCGCGGCCUUCGAGGAGCUGCCGCACGACGGCACGGGUGAUGAGUGCGAGCCCGACGAGGCUCCGGGAGCCGAGGAAGUGUGCCGGGAAUGCGGCUUCUGCUACUGCUGCCGCCGCCACGCGGAGGCGCACGGGCACAAGUUCCCCCGGCACCACCUGGCCGAGUACGUCCACGGAGCCGCCCAGGCCUGGACCCCGGGAGCCCGGGGGGAUGGGGCGGGAGAGGAAGAAGUCGAGGCCCAGGUAGAGAACGAGAAGGCCCUAGAAAGCGAGGCGGGGGAAGAGAGCGAGUCUGAGGAAGACUGUGAGUCCGAAGAAGAGAGUCAGACGGAGGAGGAGAGCGAGGACGAGAGUGAUGAAGAGAGUGAGGAAGACAGUGAGGAAGAAAUGGAGGAUGAGCAAGAGAGUGAAGCAGAGGAAGACAACCAGGAGGAAGGAGAAUCGGAGGCCGAGGGAGAAACUGAGGCAGAAAGCGAAUUUGACCCAGAAAUAGAAAUGGAAGCGGAGAGAGUGGCCAAGAGGAAGUGUCCGGACCAUGGGCUCGAUCUGAGUACCUAUUGCCAGGAAGAUAAGCAGCUCAUCUGCGUCCUGUGCCCAGUCAUUGGGGCACACCAGGGCCACCAGCUCUCCACCCUAGACGAAGCCUUCGAAGAACUAAGAAGCAAAGAUUCAGGCGGACUGAAGGCGGCUAUGAUGGAGUUGGUGGAAAGGUUAAAGUUCAAGAGCUCAGACCCUAAAGUAACCCGGGACCAGAUGAAGGUGUUUAUACAGCAGGAAUUUAAGAAAGUUCAAAAAGUGAUUGCUGAUGAGGAGCAGAAGGCCCUUCAUUUAGUGGACAUCCAGGAAGCAAUGGCCACGGCUCAUGUGACUGAGAUCCUGGCAGACAUCCAGUCCCAUAUGGAUAGAUUGAUGACUCAGGUGGCCCAAGCCAAGGAACAACUUGAUACCUCUAAUGAAUCAGCUGAGCCAAAGGCAGAGGGCGACGAGGAAGGACCCAGUGGUCAUGGAGCCAGCAGGACCACGACACCCAUCGUAUCCUACAUCUGCCCGGAUCCUUGUGGCUGGGCCACCACGGCCGCUCAGUGGCAUCUCUGCUUCUGCCCUGUUCACACCCUGUACCCCAAAAGCCUGGAGACGAUGCCCGGGCGGGGACAGAUGGGAGCCCUCGACUGCGGAUGCAUCACUGUGCGCUGGAAUCUGCGUGCCGGCGGCUUCAAAGCCAAGAGCCUGCGGAAUUCAGAUGUGCUCAGUCAGACGGCCAAGGUUGGAAACCGAAACAAAGCGGGAGGCUUGGCCAACCGUGCGCCAGGCGACUCUCCUGAGCGCCAGAAUGACAUUUAUUGGGAGCCCUGGGAUGUCGCAAGAGUGAAGUUAACGGGCAGCAAAGGCCAGAAGGCUGGAGCAGAGCGCUUCGGAGUUCACUCCGGGAGGCGAAUGGCGCCGCGCUACGUCGCACACAAACGCAAGGCACAAGUUCGGGGCUUGGUGCAGUCCGUGAGGUCACAGUAA